AUGACUUCAGGCCUCGUGGUUUCCGCGCGGAAGAGGGCGCUCUCCCAGCGCCUGCCGCUGAGCAUCUCCACCAACUUCCCCGACAUCUCCAGCUUGAUGAACGGCAUCGCCAGCAGCUUCUCCCAGACCACCAUCCCGCUCCCCGAGCCUGACGGCGGCGAAAUCACCUGCUGGCUGCUCGACACCAGGAGCCUAUGGCCCGGCCAGAACAUCUGGUCAGCUCCCGGAGCUGCAGAGGCCAUGGCUCUCGUGUCCAUGGCCGAGCAGAAGACCAUCUCCACCAAGAUGUUCAUCCAGGACGCACGAAUGAGUCUCGGCAGUGCCCUUCUCAAACGACUCUUCAUCUCCAAGACUCUGGACAUUCCGUGGAAGGACGUGGGACUGGCGAGGAAGGGUGAUCCAAAGCACGGCAAGCCCUGUGCGGUGGACGUCGUUGGUCGGCCUAUCGAGGGUAUCGACUUCAACGUCUCCCACCAGGCCGGACUUGUCGCUUUGAUCGGCUGGAACGGAAAGAAAAGACACAGAUACCACCCCAACGGUGGCAUUGAAGGAUACAUCAGCCCCAGCACCAACUUCGAACCCGACGUCAUGGUCGGCGUGGACAUUGUCUGCGUGAAUGAGCGAGACGACUACCGCACAAUCGAUGCUGAAGGCUUGGACGGUUGGGUCGAUAUCUACGACUUUGUCUUUAGCGACGAAGAGCGGUGGAGCAUGAAGUACGACGUCGACUACAUCACCCUCCUCGACGGCACGAUCCUUGGCAGGGACGAGAUUGGACGACACGACAGGUGUAUAACACGAAACAAGCAGAUUGCACUCACCACGCCAACUGGACGGGACGUCAAGUUCAAUUCCGACUUGCUGGUUGACGCCAAGCUUCGCCGGUUCUACACAUACUUCUGCUACAAGGAGGCUUACAUCAAGCUUGCGGGUGAGGCUCUGUUGGCACCAUGGCUCAAGCAACUGGAAUUCUUCAACGUACGAAGUCCCAAGCCUGGAACUGUUGCUCGCUGCAGCACAAUCGGCCAAUGGGGCGAGGAAGUCGACGACGUGGAAGUGCACAUGAAUGGACAGGAAGUGUCGGACGUAAAGAUGAAGAUCCAGUCCUACGAGGAGAGCUUCAUGAUUUCGACGGCUAUCCAAGGCGAGAUCAAUGGCUUGAGGGUGCCUUCAUUCAAGAAGCUUGAUCUGCGCAGCGACAUUCUCGCAUACGCACACAAGCAUCUCUGCACCUCACCCUCGGACUACAGGUGA